GUUAUGAGGAAACAUCCAGCAACCUUAGAGAAAUCUUCCUGAUAGCCUAAAAAAAAAAAAGUCAGAAGGCAAAAAAAAUCCUUUAAAAAUACAGAAGACAUCCAGAAUUUCAUAAGCCUUUGGCUAUUGUAGUUUAAUAAGAGAAAAUGAACCGUUACACAAUCAUGAAGCAGCUGGGUGAUGGCACCUAUGGCAGUGUCUUGAUGGGGAAAAGCAAUGAAUCAGGAGAGCUUGUGGCCAUCAAACGAAUGAAAAGGAAGUUCUAUUCAUGGGAUGAGUGCAUGAAUUUGAGAGAAGUCAAGUCUCUGAAGAAGUUAAAUCAUGCCAAUGUAAUAAAAUUGAAAGAAGUCAUAAGAGAAAAUGACCACCUUUACUUUGUGUUUGAAUACAUGAAGGAAAAUCUCUAUCAAUUGAUGAAGGACAGAAACAAGUUGUUCCCUGAGUCAGUCAUCAGAAACAUGAUGUAUCAGAUAUUGCAAGGGUUAGCUUUCAUCCAUAAACACGGAUUUUUUCAUAGAGACAUGAAGCCUGAAAACCUUCUUUGCAUUGGUCCAGAACUUGUAAAAAUAGCUGAUUUUGGUUUGGCUAGAGAGCUGAGAUCUCAGCCACCAUAUACAGAUUAUGUGUCCACCAGGUGGUACCGUGCUCCUGAAGUUUUGCUGCGAUCAUCUAUUUAUAGCUCACCUAUUGAUAUUUGGGCAGUUGGCAGCAUAAUGGCUGAAUUAUACACACUAAGACCCCUUUUCCCAGGCACAAGUGAAGUAGAUGAGAUCUUCAAAAUUUGCCAAGUAUUAGGGACUCCAAAGAAGAGUGACUGGCCAGAAGGAUAUCACCUCUCUUCUGCCAUGAAUUUCCGUUUCCCGCAGUGUGUCCCUAUAAGUUUAAAAACUCUCAUCCCAAAUGCAAGCAGUGAAGCCAUACAGCUUAUGAGUGAUAUGCUGAACUGGAAUCCAAAGAAGAGACCUACGGCAAGUCAGGCACUGAAGUACCCAUACUUUCAAGUUGGCCAAGUUUUAGGACCUCCUCCACAGUAUCUGGAGAAGCAGACUCCUAUUAAACCAGUGCAGCCAACAGAACCAAAGCCAACUUUACCCAAACUGGAAGCUGUAUCCAAGCCAGAACCUCUGUCUUCCCCUGAUGAACCUGACAAAACACAGCCACAGCCCCUGUCAAAGGCUAAUCACCAGCCUCUCCAGCAAAUUCAGUUGCCUCAGAAUACAGCUAACCAGCAAGUAUCAAAACAGCAGCAGACACAGGCACAGCCUUUUUUUCCAGCUAUCAGUAAAGACUCAUCUGGGAAACAAGCAGCUGGUGGCCCUCAGAAUGGCACAGUAGGUCCUAAAAGUUGCAGGAGACGAUGGGGUCAGACUUUGAUAAAGGCUGUGGACAGCUGGGAUGAGUUGGAUGAUGCUGAAUUUGGAAUGUCAUGUUCCAAGAAGCCUAGCAUUGCACUGUUAAAAGAAAAGAAAAACAAGGAAUGUCCUUUUAGUGUGCCAGAACCAAAAGCUUCACACUGUAUCCAGCCAGGAGUGGAAAAUAAAGUUCUGAUGAGAAAUGAUUCUGGAAGAUCCAAUACAUCAGCAAAACAGUACUAUCUAAGACAAUCAAGAUAUCUGCCAGGUGUAAAUCCUAAGACUGUCUCUUUAGUAGCAGUCAAUAAAGAAGGAUCUCAGGGAACCUGGAACAACCAGCUGUUUUCCAAGCCAUUGGCACAUGUUGGAGAAGGAUUGCAUUUCAACAGAAACAAUACAGAAGAGAACUUAAUUAUACCCAUUGAAAAACUAUCAUGCAAAGAAAGAUUGAAUGAAAAAUUAGAGGAUCCAAAAGGAAAUUCUGACUUUGUGGGAGGAGCUGCUUACAACCCAUCAGGAGGAUACAUCCCCUCCUUUCAUAAGAAAGAAGUUGGAUCAGCUGGACAACGGAUACAGCUAGCUCCUAUUGGUCCGUCUGUAUCUGAUUAUUCCUGGAAAACCAAAGCUGCUCGUGCUCAGUUAGCAGGCCCUACUUACAAUUCAGCAAAAAACAUGAAUAUUUUAUCUCAUGCACCAGCAAUUCAGCCAGUACAUGGCAGAACAGACUGGAUGGCUAAAUACGGAGGACACAGAUAGAAAAUGCCAUCCUGAACAAAGCUCACACGAUACCCGCACAGUUCUCCUGCAUGAGAAGCCCGAAAUGCCUAUUUGCUCUCUAUCCUUUCCUGAAACUAUGCAAUAGUAAAGACAAGAACAAACAAAACCUUGUGUUCUACUACCUAUGGAUGAAAAAAAGAGGUCACAUAAUAUUUAAAAUACUGGCUAUAAAGUAGGAUUUCAUAAAGUAUUGUACAACACAUCUUGCCAAAUCUACCAUGUAUUUGAAAGUAAUGAGCAGUAGAUUUCACCUGACAUUUUUCUAUAGAGGACUUCCUGUCAGCAUACUCUUAAAAACAACUGCUUUUGUUCUUUGCCCUGUGCAAAAUCCACCAUUGACAUAAGCUGCUUUCAUGUACUCAAGUAGCCAGAAUUAGAGCUAAAGCAGAGCAGAACCAGGCUCCAAGCUGAUACACUGCUUCCUUCCUGGAAAUAUGAAAGUAAAAGCACAGACUGGGCUCUGUGAAGAACACCAGUGUCCUACAAGGAUUUCAGAACUCACCUGUACCUAACGAGUUGCUCAGGGUCUGCAAUGUGUAAAUGCACUGAGAACUUGUAGCUGGCCAUGAGCAAUAUGCUGACAGACACUGCACAUGGAACAUCUGAUGAUGCGUGCCAGCAGCAACACUGGAAAACAGCUCAGCAAGUACUGAAUGCUGCAGUUACCUCACCAACCUAUAGUGACGCUUAAAACUUGACUCUACUGUUAAAAGUUAGCUUAUGACCAUUUUCAGUUGAAGAUCUGCAGAGAUUUACAUCUCCCUUGUCAAAGGCAUAUCAUCACAGUGAUGUUUUAAGGAAUCCAAAUAACUGCAGUCUCAUCAACUGUUCUAAUGGUGAAUUAGCCAAAAAGAAGCAUAAGUGGUUGCUAAGCAUCUUACUGGGUGAUGGUGCUAAACUGCAGCCUUCUCUGUAACUUAAAGAGGUCACAUGAAUUAUGCGAGGGAGGAAAUAAAGCUUCUUUUCAAAGAGGUUACUUUCUGUUUUAGGUCUUAAAGGCCAGCUUAAGUCCCCGAGAACACACACAAGCUUUAAUAAUGCAAUACCUCAAUGUUUGUAUGCUCAUAUCAUACUUUCCUUGGCAUCUAUGCUAAGUUUUACAGUCAAAUCUUGCAAAGCACCUUCCAACGUACAAUAAAUAUAUAUUUUUUUAAUGUUGAUCUAGGCUACUUCUGUUCACAGCUGUGUUUAGAAUAGAAGUUUGGGACUGAGUAGUCACAUUAAACCUGCCAUUCUAAAAUA